AUGCCUUAUGCCAAAGGCCUUGACAUUGUUCAGAGAUCAGGGUCAGCCAGUGAUGAUCUUUUGCAGUUUGUGGAGAUGGACACCUUUAGCAGUAAGUUACAGCAGAAGGCUCUGCAGCAACCUAAGCAGAAGAAAUCCAAGUCGGCUGAAUUUCUGAUGGGUGAAGAGGAGCGAGCCGCUGUGGUGGGCAUAGAAAACCCAGCCUUCGAUGGAGGAGGAAGCACCGAGCUCUCUGUUCCUCCUGUUUGGCUGGGGAGAGAAAUUCGAGGUGACAGGCCAGAUAGCACCCUUGCAGCUCACCAAAAAAAAAUGGAGCUGCAAGCCCCUGCCAAAGAAAGAGGAAAUAAACGUGCCCAAAAUUACUUUGACCCGUCGUCAGCAGAGCAGACAGACCCAAGGCAUUGCGGGAUGGCUGGGGUCAGCGCUGAAGAUGAGCUGGAAUUAACAAUAUUGAAUGCUGAUGAAAACAGGCUGUAUCAAAGAAUGGCUGCAUUGCUGGAUGAGGAUGAAACCUUCAUGAAUAUACCUGGUACGCCGCUAGCCUCCAGGGAUGAGGAGGUGUUGGAGGUGAAGGCGGGUGAUCCGGUGCUUCAGCGGCGACUGCUGCUCCACGGUGGUGGUGAUGCCUCGGGCUCCAGGCCCUCCCUGGCCCAUACCAUUGCCAAAACCCAGGCUAUGGCUGGUGCUGGGCUGGGAGCAGAGGCUGGACUCGAAGCAGGGAGGAUGGUAAUGGGCAGAGAGAGCACUGUAAAAAUGAGGAGAGCUGAGGAGGUGAUCCCCCACUACGCCCAGCAGCUGAGGGAGCGUGUGCGGCCUGACAUGAUCACGCUUGGCAGCCUUUCACUGCAGCAGAAAGCAGCUCAGAAGGGACAACUGAAGAAGAGUGAGUGGGCAAAGAGAAAGGAGAGACUGAUGGCCUCCUUCACUGGGAAUGUUCAGGAGCCUCAUUCACAAAGCGACUGUGACGAGGCAGUGAGAGAAGCACCACAGCCCAGGCUGAACACACUGCUUCAGUCCAGCAGAACCAUUGAAAGCCCAUCACUAAGAGAGCUUGGGGAAGGCAAAGAGGAAGCAAUGGCCAAAUACGGCCAGAUGACAGAGCUCCCAGAAUCCUCCUCUUCAGCAUCAUGGCCCGCGUGGCAGGUAAACCAGAGCACAACUCCACAGCCUGUGGAGGUGUAUGUGUGUUGCCUAAGAGCCACCAGAGAUAAGCUACCCAGGGGCCUCUACACUGUCAGUGUGGCCCUUCACAGCCGUCUAGGGGGUCCAGCUCUGGCCUUGUGCAGUAAGACGGAGCAGCGACAAUGGGCGGCUGCCACCGAGCCGAUCGAGCAUCGGGGACGCUUCUUUGACAUUGACCUGCAGCUUAACCAGAGCCUGUUCAUGAUCUUACCUGCAGCCUGUGAGGUGGUCCCCUCCAUGGUCCUGGUAUUCCAACUGACUGCACUACCGGGAGAUAGCAGCCACGUCAGCUCUGUGCUUGCAUGGGGGGCAUUUCCUGUUUGUGGGCCGAGUCUCAGUCUUAUCCAGGGCAGGUUCAAAACGCCUCUGCUCAGGGGGGAGCCGAACACACAACUGGACCAGUUUAAAAAGAUUGAAGCCGUCAUCUCUUCUGAUCUAGACCACUGGCUGUGCAACCUGUACUUUCAGGUGAAGAGGCUCCCUUCUGGAACGUCUGGGGGACCAGAGCGCUGCAUUACCCUAUCAAUACCUCCACCCAACCCCUUUGCCAUGCCCCAACCUGAGGGCCAUCAUGACCAACCACAAGGCCAACUGCCACUCCAGCCCCCAUCCCAGGCCCAGCUGCGUCCUCAUCCCAUUCAUCCUCAGUCAUAUCCUCAACAGCAGCCGCGUGCGGGCCCCAGCAGCAGAGCAGGAGAGCCCGCUGUGGUACAUUCUCACCGGGGGUCUCCUCUCCACCUGUCAGCUGAUUCUGCCUGCUCUUCCUCAUCUCUGCCAGGGAAGAAUUCCUCCUCGGGAGCCAUUUCUGGAAACACGGGAGAGAAGAGGGAUCCAUGCAGGGAGAAAGCAGAGGGUGGGAUUCACUACAAGAAGAAGCCAAUCAAGAAGACAAAUAGCUGCGGCCCCAGCAUGAGCGGCAGCAGCGCACCGCCUCGGCAGGCAGACAAACAGAAGAUGCAGCCUUCAAUGGAGAACCUCUCCACGGAGGAGAUGGAGGAGUAUACAUUCUCCCUACAAAACAGAUCAGCACUGACUGGAUCUGCUUCCUGCCCCUCACGUCUGUCCGAGCGAGCCCGCCUGGCCAUCCGCAUGCUGCCGUCCGAGCUGGGCCUGCCGUUGCCGUGGCAACAACAGCCGCAUAGUAGCUGGUGUGGCUCCGUUCGGCAGCUCGGCCUCAUUAUGCUGCUGCUGGCUUUGAUGUGGUUUGUGAGGCUCUACCUGCAUUACUGCAGCCAGUGGCUCUACCUCCAGGCCAUAGCAGUUCCUGUCAACAAAUUCCAGUUCCACGCACACACCGUGGACCUGGUAUACCAGAGUUCUCUGCUCCACACCCGGGAGGAGCUGGCGAUGGUGGUGGUGGGUCCCCUGACCUUGAACACAGUAACGUUCCUGCUGGUUCUGAUCAGAUGGGGCUGUCAACAGAUAUUUGGCUCACUCCCUUCCUUCACGUCAAAGUUUAUCAUGGCUCAGGGAGUGUGGACAGUCCUCGACCCCCUGGCAGUCUUUGCAGUGGACGCCGUCCUCGGGCGUCUUGCCUACAGCCCAGACACACCGGUGGGUGAUGCAGCCAAGCUUUACUGGCACUUCUAUCGAGUUGACCAAUCAGGUGCAGUGGGAGUGACCAUCACUCUCUUCCUCUAUGCGGUCCUCUUCCUGCUCUCCAUCACCAUCCUCUUCAUUUACAUGCUCAGAUUCCACAACGAUGGUCGCAUGCUGGACGUCUUUCAGCGGCUCACAUCCAGGGAGGGGACAUACUUUCUGCCUCAAGACCUGGAGCUGUCCAAUCAGGAACUGAGCUACAUUGUCAAGAAGGCGGAGCAGUGGAGAGGCUUCAAUGGGGAGAGGCGUAAGGUUGCAGUUUACGACUAUAUCUGGACGAUGGAAGAGUCCUCGGCAGCCCCUGCAGCCCCUAGUGACCCCCCAAGGGAGGGGGCACCCUUACCAGUUGGUGAGACCAGCACCCAUGUGGCAGUCCACACCCUGUACCUGAGUGGGCAGAAACAAAGAUACAGGCACUUCCUCCGACAACCUGAUGGGGCUAUCAUUGAGGUGAUUGGUGACAUGGAAGGGUUGGACAAUGCAACCAGGAUACUGCCCGGCCCGGGUCAGGGCUCUGCCGAUCAGAGAACGGACAAGGAAGGUGCCAGUGCUGCACAGCAGCUACGGAAACGGAAGAAACUGUUUGGGCGGUCCCAUCGCGUUGAGCCAGUAGGAGGAAGCGGGUGUGGCUCCAGUUUUGCACUGCAAGACCUCAACCAAUGAUAUCAAAGCAAAGGAAGACAUAGUUGGACCCUAAGCUUAUGUAAGUCAUCUUAAUCUGUUUCAAAGCAAAGGAAGAGUUGGACCCUAAGCUUAUAUAAGUCAUCUUAGUCUGUUUAACUUGAAGUCUCUGCAAAAUACUGCAGUAGUUAUCACAUUUCUUGAAUACUUGAAUGAUUGAAUGAUACCUUUGUAUAGUGGUGGAAUUCAAAUAUAAAAAAUUAUAAACUGACUUUUUCUCACUUGUAAGUAGCUCAACACUGAUGCUUUAUU